AUGCACUGCCUCAACGUCAUGGCCUACGCCCACCGCCUGCAGGACUUCUGCCGCAUCCGCCGCAAGAAGAAGCAGGGCCUCAAGAUUACAGCCAAGCUAACCAAAGACCUACUACCAACACAGUCCGCGCCCUUCAACUUCAAGAAGGAAGAGUCCAUCCUGCCCGGCAUCUCGGAUGAUGAAAUCUCCAUCCUCCGCGAGAAGGCCGCCGCGUCCCGCAUCGGCAUCGCCGACUUCCGCGUCGGAGGCGGAGGCGCCCUGCACCACUCGCACACCUACUCGCACUACCAUCACACUACCACGGGCCCGCACAGCUACAACCACCACCAGCGCCGGCCCAUGCCCUCGGCCCUGUCCGCCCGCCGCGGCGGCUCCCUGUGCCUCAACCCCGUCGACCCCUCCGCCCUGCCCAUGGGCCGCACGAGCCCCAACGUCGGCCUCGGCCUCGGCAUGGACCUGGGCCUGUCGCACCACCACCAGCAGCAGCAGCAGCAGCAGCUGGACGGCGGCAGCGACUACUCUUCGCCCGUGUCGUCGACGACCAAGAUCUGCCGCUGCGGCGGUGUGGCCGCCUCGGAGCGCAGCGUCAGCCCGCAGGGUAGCUUCCUCGGUCUGGAGAAGGAGAUGAGUCUCUGA